GUGAAUAUAGGCGUUAUGUUACACGUUGUCUUUAAGAGAGGAACUAUGGCUGCAGCUGCGAGCCUGAGUCUUAUGAAGUCAGCAGAUCUGAUCAAGAAAGAGCCUUUGGAUUAUGGAGGGUUUGGGGAAGUUUACCUGUGUUACCACAAAACACUGGGCCAGGUGGUGCUGAAGACGGUCUACACCGGCCCGCCGCGCAACGGCCGGCAGAAGCAGUGUCUUCUGGAUGAAGGCAGCCUGAUGAGCAGGUUAAACCAUCAGCGAGUGGUCAAGCUGCUGGGGGUUAUUCUGGAAGACGGAGACUAUUCUUUAGUCAUGGAGCUCAUUCCUAAAGGAAACCUGCUCAGCAUGCUGGAGACGGUGCCUGUUCCGAUAUCUGUGAAAGGACGGAUCGUUCUGGAGAUCUUGGAGGGGAUGGUUUAUCUCACGGAGAACCAAGUCAUUCACAAAGAUCUCAAACCAGAGAACAUCCUGGUGGACAAGAACUUCCACAUUAAAAUCGCGGAUCUGGGUCUGGCCACGUCUCAGGUGUGGAGCAAGCUGACUAAAGAGGAGUCUCGCAGACAGAGUGGUCUGGGCAAGAAGUCGUGUGCGCGCGCCGCUGGCACUCUGUGCUACAUGGCUCCUGAGCACCUGAAGAGCAUCAACACCUGCUCCACCGAGAAAUCUGACGUCUACAGCUUCUCCAUCGUCGUCUGGGUCAUCCUCAGCGGCCGCGAGCCCUAUGAGAAUGCCAGGAGUGAAGAUCAGAUCUGCCACUGUGUGUGUCAGGGUGAGCGUCCCGACGAAGCUCUGAUCCCUCAACACACUCCUCAAGACGUCAUCGAGCUCAUGAAGACGUGCUGGAAUGAAGACCCUCGUCUCCGGCCCACAUUUAAAGGUAGAAGCCUUGAGGGUUCAUCCUGGAUACAAAAUAAAGCGAUAAGCCCCAUGAAGCCAAGGCUGCGCCCUCCGGAGGUCACAUUCGGCAUCAAGUCCUGUCCAGAUAGUGCAUCUCAUGCAGCGGAGUCUUUCAUGCUGGAUUCACAGCCUGGCCUGCGUUUAUCACCUGUCGUAUGUCCUCCAUCUGACUCGGGGUGGCCUGUGACCAUCUCGAAUGCCAGUGCCAUUCAGAUCGGGAGUUACAACACGAUGAAUCUGCGAGUGUCUGAUAACAGCUCCUUCAGCUCGUUAUCCACCGGAUCCAGCAACAGAACCAGAUAUAACAAGCUUCUGCUGAAGUACGAGGAGCACACGGUCACUGAGAGCCACCUGGAGGUCGUGCGUCAGAACGUGGGUGGAAACUGGAAGCAGGUGGCUCGUAAACUGGGGCUGUCAGACAUAGACGUGGACACGGUCGAGCAUGACUACGACCGCGACGGCUUGGCAGAGAAGGUGCACCAGACUCUGGAGCGCUGGAAGAUGAAGGAGGGUCUGCUGGGCAUCACCAUGGGUAAACUGUGCCGUGCGCUGGAGGGCUGCAUCAAACCCAGCGUCCUCCUGCAGCUGCUGCUGAAGUCUCAACACACCGCUGGAGUGCCUUGAAACGCCACCUUGUGCUUGUGUCAUAAUUACACUGGGUUACGGGGCAUUUAUACAACUCUAACAACCUUCCUCAAACAGUGAAGCGUUACAAAGACGUGCAGUAUUUUUGACAGCCUAACAUUCAUCACUGUAUCAUGGUGUUGGAUGCGACGGCAUAAUGAUUGCAAUUCUGUGAAUGGAUCAUUGCACAAAAGUUAUUUGAUCUGAGAGGACAUUUCCACGACACCGCUUACAACAAAAAUGGGAAAUCGUUAAUUUGCACAAAUGCCUUGAAAAUGCAAACUUUUAAAAUGGGAUUCAAAUGGCAAGUUUUUGAUAAUGAUAUUGUUGUUGUCUCUCUGUAAACUACAAAAACACAAAUUUGUGAAAGCGGUGAGGUCAUGCGCAUGCGUAUCUCAUGUUUGUGUAGCGUUUCUUCACAAAGACACAUCUAUUAACCUGCCAUGGGUUUUUGGUCGUUUUCACGGAUUCGUGUGAGCAGGGAUCGUGUUGACAACUUUUCUAAAACUUUUCCGUUUUUAGUGCAUCGUUUUCGUGUAAACGUACCCUGAGCUCAGAAUAGAUUCCUGCAAAGUGCCUUUUUCCUGUUUUUGAUCAGUUGAAUCAGCCUUUAUAUUUCACUUGUCAUGAUUCUUAGAUGCUUUAUGAUUUUUUUUCAGGACUUAAACCUGAAUGCACACUGACUUGAGCUUAUAAAUCAUACAGAAUGUUAAAUGUUAAAAUGCCUGUAGUUUUCUGUGAGGUGUAGGGUUGGUUUAGGGCAAUAGAAUAUAAAUCCGCUGCCAAAUCCAGUGUGUGGAUAAUUCUGCUGUAGCGAAAUGAGAUGAUGAUAAAGAUACGAUAGUGACAUAUCCAAAGAAAAACCAACAUAAAGUGUAUUUUAUGGUGUUGGGCCACCAAAAGAGCUUCAAUGCAUUUUGGCAUUGACUCUAAUGUCUUAAAAUUAAAGGUUGUUUAUUGAUAACGCUGGAUGGAUGGCUUUAUUGACAUAUACAUGGAUGUUUAACAACCUUAAACAUUCAUGAAAUCUUUCCAUUGCACAAAAGGUUCUUUAUAGUGAACGUAAGGUUCUUCAGAUUGUUAAAAAGUUCUUUACACCAAGAAAAUAAUGGUUUUCUUAAGAACUGAUCAGUGAAAAGGUUCUUUGAGGAGUCCAGAAUGGUUCUUCUGUGGCAUCACUGUGAAAGCUUGAUUUUUCAGAGUGUGCUGAAGGGAUGAAUGACUCUUCUUCCAAAAGAUAUUUCCUCAUUUGGUGUUUUGAUGAUGAUGAUGUUGUUGGAGAGUGCUGCUUUCCCUCUGGCUUCAGAUCUGGUGACUGUGAUCUGUGUGAAUGGGACACAAUCCCAUGUUUCAUCUAUGCUUUAUAUCGGUUUGCAGGGACCCAAACCAUGAUGUUAGCAGAAUGCUUGUCAGUGCAUAACAGCUACCCUGUGGAUUGUCUAUUCAUUUGUCACUUGUUUGUAUGUU